UCUGUAAAAUAUUCAUUUACAAUUUUUGCAGGUGCUUCGCAACAACAGUCUGCAACACUUACCCAGGCAAAACAUUUUCCGGGGACGUUGUUAGAAUCCCAUGCAGCUGUUCUUCCGUCUGAAGUAACAUUCUACCACCGCAAAAUGAGCUCAAUUGGAUUGAAUGAAAACCACCAGAAUGAAAUUGUCAACUACCUUCGUUUUGCAAGGUACAAUAGAGGACAGACAAUCAAGUCAGUUGAUAGCUGUUUUAGUGACAUCAAAGAUAGCAGGCUUAUAGAAGACACAUAUACCAUUGAUGAAGUUAUUGAGAUGUUGGAGGGCCUCUGUGGUGUUGUCAAGGGGGAUGUUGAGCUUGAGCUGACAAAUGCAGCCCAUACUAAUGUUUUACUACUUAGACAAUUGUUCAGUCAAGCAGAAAAAUGGCAUUUGAAGCUGCAGGCUGAUAUCUCAGAGCUAGAAAAUAGGAAAUUGUUAGAAGAGAUAGCUCAGUUUGAGGAGAAUGAAUUUUCUGCUUCAAAGUCAAAAGCAGUGACAGCGUCCAAUUUAUCUCAAAAGUCAAAAUUACAGCCGUUGAAUGAGGGUGGAAACACUGCUCUUUUGCAAAUGGAAAUAAAUAGGCUACAAGAAGAUAAUGUAAAGCUGAAAGAAAGAGUUCAGAUGCUGGAGAGGCAGGCGUCAAAUGCUCUUGACGAAAAGACAAAGUUAUCCUCUGAUCUGAGCAAAGCAAGAAGUGAUUUGAAUACCAAAGGUAGCUCAUCGGUUAAGGUUGACGAAAGCGCUAUUCAAGAUCUAUCCGACAAAGUUGCUACUUUAAAUCAAGACCUUAGAAACGCGGAAGAUCUUGCAAAGAAGAAAUGUAAGACAACCGAAGAAGAGCUUGCCAAUACCAAACACUAUGUGUUGGCGCUUCAGCAUGAAAUUGAGCUUCUAAACAAGGAAAUUGAUAAGAAAUUUUCAGAAACUUCUCAGUAUAAAAAUCUGAAGAAGAUGCUGGAGACGAAGAAUGUGCAAAUUAAAGAUCUUCGGGCAAGACUUAGAAGGCACGAGCCAAACGCUGAAAUUUAGGACUUGAGCUAAAGCACCAGCAUCUAAACCGUUUUUGAAGAAUCGACUUCUAUUUUGGCUGGCUAUUGGAUUUUGCAGCUGUUACUGGCCAUGUCUUCAAAUAUUUGCAGUUAGCCGAUUCACAAGUCACCUUUGACAUUUAGCGUACAAUUUUCUGGAGAUGUUUAAUGUUUAUUCUCAACACAUAGAAAGCAAUGAAGAUAUUCAAUGCGAUUAAAUGAAUUUGAGCACCCUCUUAAUUUUGUAUUAUUUUCAGUUUAAAUUUAGAAA